AUGGAGAUCGGAUAUGACACCAGCCUCAUCUCUCCCAUCCUGGAUGCUGAAUUGGUGUUCGCAGAGUUCUGCAGUGCCUUGAAGAAGCAGUUCUACAGUGAGGGAGAGUCGGUAUUCUCCAAUGGCUCCAUUGCAGAGAUGAUGUACGUCACGAGCCAUGGAGACUUUUGCCUAGGCGAAGAUGAGGGCCAAAGGGAGCGGUCCUUCAGUGGAGAGCACAACUACUUCGCCGAGGUCGCACUAUACGUGGAAGCUGUAACGCACCAAUGCACUCUGGCAGCCGAGUCCUUUGCAGAGGUCUUCGUUCUGACCGCUGCCAGUUUAGCUGCAGUCUUGUGGCUUGGCCCAGGAUGGCCAGGAUGGCCCAGUGCCAGGGCAAAUUCGCCGAUGUGCACGACGAUGUUCGUUGAGUAUGCCAAUGAGUACAUCCGGAUCUAUUCAGACAGCAUUGCUCGUCACGACAUGGGAGAUGCCCUGGACAUACAACAACGCUGUAAUCAGAAGGCCUGUUUCUCCAACUCGUUCUAUUUGGACCUGAACGUGGAUGAGCGAAAAAUCUUAAGAACCAUCGACCUCAGGGAGCUCGAGGAGAAGGAGGGGCGAACACCUCCCAUACGCUUCGUCGAGCACAUGAUGGAAAGUAAUGAGCAGCUUUUUUUGGAACAAUUGCGGAGCUCCUUUGUGGAACUUGAUCCUACAGAUGGCCUUCAUGCCAGGUAUGGGGAGCCCAAGGAGCAAGAGAAGGUGGAGAGCGGCAUUUUGAGCCUCAUGGCGCUUGUCAGAAAUGACUACGAGGCCUUUACAGCACCGCAGAAGGGGCCCAACCGAUUAUCCACUACUCAGUGGCAACAACUGCAAGGAGUGCUGGAAUGGGCCGAACCUACGCCAGAGCUUCUUGGUGAUGCAUAUCUUGGGAAAGGCACUUUGAAAUUGAAGGCUUUGACCGUGACCAGAAAUGGGGCAGUGGCAUGCACAGCAUGA